CAAACGUCAAAAAUGGUAAAUUUUUCUGAGACUUAAUUUUUCCUGAAAAAUAUUCAUUCACAUAAAAAUUUGAUUUCGUCAUUACAGUGAGCUUGAAAACUUAAGUUACAAAAAGAUUUAGUUCUAGUGUUCUGUGUUAGAGUGUGUGAACAGUUAUGACCUGUUUUCAUUAAUGGUAAAAGGCUUAAAGGCAUCGAUACUUUGCUUACAGAGCGGCGCGGCGCGAUAAUGCGCGCGCGCAGAUAAUACCCAACGCCCGGACACUACUCUGACUACCGUAUAAGAAUGGCGUCGGUGUGGAAACGCCUGCAGCGUGUCAACAAGCGCGCCGCUAAGUUCCAGUACACCGCCUCCUACCACCGCGUAGAUCUCGAGACUUCUCCCAAAUGGAAACCAAAUAAGCUGAGUGUAGUAUGGACCAGAAGAUCUCGACGCGUUAUCACAGACCCUCUAGAAUGGGAACCAUCGUUGAAAGACCCCUUAAAAGGUUCCGUGAUAUACACGGUGCCGGAGAACCGCACGGUGGCCGUCACUUUGUUCAAGGAUUCGCGCACCAAUGAGCUGGAGGAUAAGGACUGGACCUUCGUUUUGGAAGAUGUGUCGGUGACGGGCAAGCGGCGGCGCCUGGCGGUGUGCUCGCUGAACAUGCGGCGCUACGCCAGCCUGGAGCCGUCGCAGCGCGCGCUGCUGCUGACGCUGGAGCCCGCCACGCACAAGGUGCGCGCCGCCAGCCUGCAGCUCACGCUGCACUGCGUGCUGCUGAGGGAGGGACAGGCCACUGAUGAAGAUAUGCAGUCUCUGGCGUCACUCCUCUCUGUGAACAAUAACUCUGAUAUAGCCGUGCUUGAGGAUUUGGACGAAGAUGAUUAUACCUUAUCUGACAAUUCUACUAGACAGAUGCUUGAUCUCCGACAGCAAAUGGAAGAGAUGACCCAAAGCCUCACGAACAGCGACAUCGCUGCCACCCCCAACAGCGUGCAGAGCUUGAACUUCGACAACUCGCGCACUCCCACCGCGCCCCUCUCGCCCGCCCACACGCCCGCCACCCCCGUACCUCGAGACACGCCCAACGACAACGACCCCUUCGACUACCCGCCCAAACCCAAAGAUACUACAACCCCGCUCACUAAGCAAGCAAUGAAAACCGAACCGCCCAAGUUUUCGUCCACCCCGAAAGCUGAAGUGAAAACGGAAUUAAAAGGUGUCAUCUUCAAGCCAAAGACUGUUGCGAUGCGCAACCUUAAGCCGUUGGAGCUAAAGACUAAUUUGAAUAGUAUUAAUUUGGAUCGGAACGAGAAUGAGAAGGACGAGGACAGUGAUAAGACGCCGACGGCCGCUGAUAUGGAGAAGCUGUUCCCGGGGAAAUUUGAUAAGGAUAAGACGCCGGUCCAGGACCUGCUGGAGUGGUGUCAGAGCGUGACCCGCGAGUACAAGUCCUGCCGCAUCACGAACCUCACCACCAGCUUCCGCUCGGGCCUGGCCUUCUGCGCCAUCAUACACCGCUUCAGGCCCGACCUUAUAUAUCUCAGAGAUGUGCAAGACCCAUACAAUAUUGAAAAUUUCAAGAAAAGGUACAGGUUUUCACAAGAUGUAGUGAAAUCUGUGAUUUUGCCAUUAAUUGACCAAGAUCUGAGAAGGUUAAGCAACCGUGGCAAUCCAAUAGCCCCGGAAUUACAAAUUCUUGUGUGUUUGCGUUUCUAUGCGACAGCGUCAUUCCAGAUAGUUUGUGGAGAUUUAUUAAAUGUAUCGCAACCAGCUGCUUCAAAUAUAGUUGCAAAUAUAUCAAGGUUGAUAGCUCUACAACAGAGGCAUUACAUAAAAUAUCCUCAAGACAUGGUCUCACACAGGGCACAGUUUGCACAGCUCGGCCAGUAUCAACAAAAUCCAGGCCUAAGAAAUGUGGAUGGUGCAAUUGAUUGCACACACAUUAAAAUAGUAAAUACUCCAGGUGUGGAACAUCAUGAAGCCUACAGAAACAGAAAAUCUUACUUUUCUAUAAAUGUCCAGGCAGUUGUUGGACCAUUUGGCAAUUUCAUGGACAUUGUGGCUCGAUGGGCUGGCAGUACACACGACAGCAGAAUAUUCCAGAUGUGUUUGUUGCGCACCAAAUACAUACAUCAACAACAUACUGGUUAUCUCAUUGGAGACAGCGGAUAUCCUUGUUUAAGGUUCCUGCUAACGCCUGUAGGUACUCCAACAACCCAUGCGGAACAAACAUUCAAUAGAGUGCAUGUCAAAACAAGAAAUGUGGUGGAAAGAACCUUUGGGCGAUGGAAACGGCGGUUUCCAUGUAGGGGGUUGGGCAACAAAUUGACCACAGUGUCAAAUAUAAUAGUAGCAUGUGCUGUACUUUUUAAUAUAUCAUUGUCUACAAAUGACAUGAUGCCUUCAUAUGAAGAAGAUGGUGAAAUCAAUGAAGAAGUCAUAUAUGAUGAAUCCAACAGUGAAGGGACUACCGAUGGAUUUGCUUUUAGAAACACAAUUAUUAGUAAUUACUUACAUUUCCAUUCCACACCUAGUGACUUCUCGGGCCUCCAGCCGGACGAAGCCGAGCGCAACCUGCGCGUGGCGCUCGAGGCCAGCGCGCGCCUCGGCAUCCCGCAGGUGCUGACCGCGGCCGACGUGUGCUCGCGACACACGCCCGACAGGCUCGCGAUUAUGACAUAUUUAUUCCAACUGAGAGCACAUUUUACUGGCAACGAAUUGCAAGUAGAACAAUUAGGUAACGAUGAAACCGAGUCUUCAUACCUGGUGGGUCGCCACGACACGGACGGCUCCAUCCCUCAGGAGCUGUUCAGCAGGGAGAUCAGCACGCGACGCUCCAGGAACGUCAUGGACAGGCCACGGCCCGUGUCCCAAGAAUCGCAGGAGUCCCGUACGUCAGUGGAGCGCAGCAGCCCGGAGAAGCCGCGCGAGGUCCGCGACGUGAGGGAGCUGCUGCUGCACCAGUCCAAGGCCAUCCUUGGGAAGAUGCUGUCGCCCGCCCGGGACCAGAGGCCCUCCGCCAAGUGGUUCGCAGACCCCUUGCAGGUCAACGAGCCACCGCCAGUACGUCCAGAGAAGCUGAUGACCCGUAAGGAGUUGACGGACCCCUUCGGCUCUGAUGAGGAGGAGGAACAGGAACCGCCGCCAGCACCCGCUGUAGUCAGUAAUGGGAAUAAUGAGACAGCAAAGCCCCCUGAACCGAAGACCCCCGAGUCCCCGGUGGCCGCGCCCCCCGCGCCCCCGUUGGUCGCCCAUCACGCGCCCUCGAUUCCCAUUGGCCAGCAACUGUUAUCACGUCAUGACGAGCUCAAAGAGAGAGCGAGACAGCUGCUCGAAGCCACGAAAAAGGAGGCGAGGGAAAAGGAUAGAAAACUCCGACAGAAUUCUAAAGAAAAUGAAGAUUUGAAGGAGUUGAAUGGGUUAAGGAAUGGAGAUGUGAGCCCUAAAAAGCCAAUGACUGAGGAAGAGAGACAGGUGAUGCUGCGGGAAAGAGCGAGAAAGCUUAUCGCUGACGCCAGAGCCGGUAUUGUCAGUCCAACGUCCCCGCUGUCGCCGUCUAGAAACUCACGGACGGGCACGGUGGAGAUUAUCAGCAAGCAGUCUGUUAUGGAUGAGAUUGUUGCCGCGGGUGGUGUUGAACAACUCGACGCAUUGCUGGCUCGCACGGACUCCCUCCCCUCAAGUCCUGGGUCCAGGAAGAGCUCCGCCAGCCCCGAUAGAUCUGAAGACCGCCACAGCGAGGACACGAAGAGCAUCAAGUCGCUGUCGCUGAGCGCCGAGCGCCGCUCCCCGCUGCACUCCUUCUCCGCGCUCGUCGACACCGUCUCGCCCGACACCGACGCCCACGACGCGGAAGAGGGCAGAGAAACCGGCUCGUACAUCCAGAGCGAGCUGGAAGCGCUGGAGAAGGAACAGUGCGCCAUCGACGAGCGAGCCGCCGCGCUCGAGAAGCAACUGCGGCGGGUCAUGGAGUCCGCCGACAAUACAGAGGAGGAAGACAGACUGAUGUCACAAUGGUUUAAUUUGGUCAACAAGAAGAACGCGCUCCUGAGAAGACAGAUGCAGUUGAAUAUACUUGAGCAGGAGGAGGACCUGAGUCGUCGCUGCGAGCUGCUGGCGCGCGAGCUGCGCCUGUCGCUCGGCGUGGACGAGUGGCGCAAGACGCCCGGCCAGAAGCGCCGCGAGAGGCUGCUGCUGCAGGAAUUAUUAUCGGCGGUCAACGAGAGAGACAGACUUGUUCAAGAAAUGGACGAACAGGAGAGAGCGAUAGCAGAUGAUGACGAAAUCGAACGCAACUUAUCUCAAGUGGAAAUUCAACGCAAAAACAACUGUAUCCUACAGUGAACACGCUGUAUACGCACACAGGGUGUUCACUAACACUGUCUUAUACUAGUGGACUUGUACUAGAAACAACGUACUGUAUGUAUCAAGAAUUAUGAUAUAGCAACUGAAAUUGUGGGCAUUAUACGAGCCUUUAACAUCCCACUGCUGGGCAUAGGCCUCUUUUCGCUUAGGCAUAUGAAAAGUCAAUUAUAUUAUGUCAUAUCUUGACGGUAAUGUAAGUUCGGCAAAAUAUUUAGUGCAAUGUGAAUAAAUUUAAUUUGUUUGUGGAUUAAUAGUGAAAAUAUUUGUAUUAAAUGUUUUUACUAUUUAAAACCAUGUUAAAAUUUUGUGUUAUAUGCUAACUACGAAAAAGUUAUGUUUUUUAAACAAUAUUCUAAUGAUUUAAAUAUAUAUUUUAUGUCAAGCAAUAGUUAAGUAAGAAAAAGUCCAAAGUCCACUAGUGAAAGAGAAAAAAACGCUUAACAUUAAUUAUUUAUUUAUUUAAACUAAAAUUUUAUUUUUUUAAUUUAAAAUGCGAUUUAUUUUCGCAGUAUACGUCAACGUCCUUAUCCCCAAAAACGUUCGGGUCAAAAAUAGAUUAUUUUUGGACAGUCCAUUAGAGGUAAAGAGGCUAAAAAUUGAUUAAAAUUUUAAAAAGUGAAUGAAAAAAAAAUUGAAAAAUACAGUGUUUCAAAUCCAUGUAUAAUUAAAUUAUUGCUUAAAUUAUUCUAUGUUUACUCAGGGAGACAAAAAGAAAUUAAAAAAGAUGAAGAAAUAAUGUCUUACGCUGACUAUUUUACCCGACUACGUCAAAAGGGUAAAGUUGUUGUAUAGUCGUGUUCACAAAUUGAUUAAAGUAACCAAAUACUAAAAUAUCAGUCAAGUAACACGAACUUUGAGUGUCAUACUAUCCUUGUUACUCUCAAGUUAAAUGACACUUAAACUUAAGUGGGAGUCUCGUCGAGUAAACAUAGCAUUGUAAAUCAAAAGGCUUCAUUGGCAUAAUACUAUUUAUUAAUAAUAAAUUUGUAAAACACUUGCGUUUAGUCUACAGCGAUUUGUCGCAGCACGUAAAUUUAUUAAUUCAGAUUAAUUUUAUUUUUUGACAUUUCAUGUUAUAUUAAUUUCAGUAUUCUUAGUUUCGUUUUUAUUCAGUUGCGACUAGUCGCUGUCGCAAGUGUACGAUUACGAUGUUUGGCCUCAGUUGUGCGACGGAUAAUACUCAAAAUAUUGUUUCCUAUAUAUUUUUUAUAUCUACGAGUAUUUUAGCAUUUCUCACUGUAUAGUUUUUUUUGGUUCUAAACUAAGACAAAACGCCACUGCGAUUAGUCGAGUCGCAAUACGAUUGUUUUUCACUUAUAUACUUGCUUUAAAUAUCAAACGAUAUUGAAUGUAGCUCUAAGAUUAAUACCUAUGGUAAUCUUAUCAUCGAAUUGCGACAAAAAAUCGCAGGUUGUGUCGAGUCUUGAGACAAAUCGCACGUUUGGAACCAAUCUUUAGGUUAAAAUUUAAUAUACGGCUUAAUUUUAAUUUGGUAUAGGUUUACCAAAGAAUAUUUUUUUUAAUCCUACCCCCUUUUUUAGAUAAAAUGGUGAUAUUUAAGUACAAUCUGCCAUAGUCAAUGGAUUCUAAUAACGCUAUGGUUUAAAGUUUAUUUUUUAUUUUUUUAAGUAGACAUUUUUAACGAUCAACAUUUUUUAUUUUUAAUUAAUGUAAAUAUUAGCGCUUGUUUUUUAGGAAGAUAAUUUAUUUAUGGUACAUUUCGAUUGAAUCUUGCCUUAAUAAUGUUUCUUUUGAAUCGGGAAGUUAUCCAAAAUGUGUAAGGCUGGGUACGAACUGUGCUACAAGUCGCAUGUCUGACUACUGAGCUCAUGAAGCAGGACUUGUAAUCAUGUAAGCGAGACAGAAGCUAAACUCCGUAGUGGCAUCUCACUCGCACAACGGCAAGAGUCCUUUAAGAUUACGUAGUAAGAGUACUGGCGUUAUCCUAAUAAAAUAUUUUAAUAUAAUAUUGCAUAUCUUAUUCAUUAAAGUGUAAUCAUACGACAUGACAGUGAUUUUUUUGACCAAUUAAUAUACUAAUACAAUAAGAAGUCUUAAAAUAAUAUUCUAAAAAGGAACGCUUAACAUAAGCGUCACUUAAUAUUAAGUUUUUAUAUUACCACGAAAUUAAGGUGCGUUUCCAAUGACGCGCAUUUUCACUGAAGUAAUAUCAGCCUAUGAAUGGCCCACAGGCGUAUUCCCACAUUUUGAUGGUUUGACCGUUGACCUCUACGCUAGCUCACUGCUGGUUGGUGAUUUCAGAGUAUUUGGAAUUCACACUUUCUCACUAUGAUUUAUAUCAAUGUCUGACAAUCAAAAUAUGUUGGUAACUUAUUAAUUUAAAUAAACGAGCUUUAUAAUAAGUUUCGAUUAAAGUAAGCGUUGCUUCAUAACUCUAAACCUAGUCGAUUAUAUUCUAUGUCAGCCAUUCAUAAUGUUUAUCGAAUAAAGUAAAUCUAAAGCUAAGACAUUUUGAUACGACAGAAAAAUCGCAGCGACAAGCGACUUGUCGCACGUAUCCAGCCAAAUCGGCCGGUGCUAAAUUGAACCAUGUGAAUCAGUUUUCACGAAUUGUGCAAUUUUUACUAAGCAACGUACGUUCUUAUAAUAAAAUGUAAAUAAAUACAUUUUGAUUGGUCUAAAGAUUCUUAUAAUUUAUACACAUUAUGAUUUUUUAAAUCAUGGUUGCUAGUGGAAAGGGAUAGAGCUAUAUAAACAUAGUGCUAUCUCUUUUUAAUAAAACUAUAAUGGUUUGCAAUCUUCGUGUUAAUUCUAAGAGUUCAAUGCAUGUGAUAUUUCAAGCUAAAAAUCUUUUUUCUAAAGAUUGUCUGUUGCAGUUUUAUGUUACUAAAAAUAAUUUGAUACAAGACUAAAUAUUUGACCGAUUUCAACCAAAAAAACUUAAAAAUAAUUGUUACCUAAUCGAUAUUAUUUAUCAGUAUUAAAUCACUACUGGACAUAGACUGCCCACAAAUACACUUGUGGGUAGUCUAAAACUAAAAUAUAACAAACUUUAGAUCAAUCAAAUAUUUUUAAACGUAAGUAAUACCAUGUCUUUUGCGUACUAAGGCUGAUCGCACCGUGCAGCGUUAACAUCUAGUUAUACUUGAGACCAGAAUAAAAUGUUAAACGAAGUCAACAAUCUAAUCUAACAAUAAGCAACGGUUAAGGUGAGAGUUGAAAUAAAGAAUAAUGUUAUGAUGUGAAAACUGCUAAGGACCCUCAGACCUAGUUGAAACAAAAAUGGAGAUUAACCCUGUAAAGAGGUUUUUAUUAGCUUUACUCUUGACCUGUUAAAAAACUAUUAAAUUUUAAUUAAUCUCCUUUAAGGGAGCACAACUCAAAUGUACAUAAUUAAUUUUGUCUGUUUAUGGUCACUCUUUGUUUAAGAUCCAAUAUUACAAAAAUACUUAGUACUUUCAGAAUAUUUUCAUCUGACUGAAAACUAAUUAGUCUUUUUGUAGCCGAAUUCUUGCUGAACUGCCCUUUCAGUUUGACUUCGUUUAAAGAUUUACUCCAUCGGUCGACUAGAUGUUAACGCUAACGAGUGUAACUUGCCCUAAGGCUUUGAGGUAAUCAGAUGUAUACACGUAAUUAGUUAGUGAUUACAAUAUGUGUCGGUAUCAUUAGUGUGUCGCCUUUGUGUAGGGCUGGAUUGAUGUGGUACUUCAGAUUCAAUUAAAUCCUGAAAGUAUUGUUUAACUUGGUAAACCACUUUGCUGUUUUUUGAGGUUGCUCGAGUUGACUUUCAAUAAAGAGUUACCACAAAAAUAAAGAAUUAAAUCUUUUAAAUAAUGUCAUGCAUAUUAAAUGCCAAGAAAUUGGAAAUAAUGGUUGAUUUGUGACGCUUGCAGUAAGGCCGUGAUAAUGUUGUGGGGAAGGGGUGGUUCUUAACCUAGUCAAAUUGUCUUUAACUGAUUACUGUCAAUUGAAAAACUUGAACAGUUUAUCAAAAUCUUCCUCCAAAAUAACACAAUUGCUAAUCUGUUUUGGUGAAAAAAAAAAAAGUUUUAAGAUUUGAAAUCCGUUUUGAAAGCCGGAUCCGUACCCACUGUAUCAAUCCAACCCGUCACGAUAUCAACUGAACGUAAUUAUCAUUAAACAGUGGUAGAUUUGGUGUGUUUCUAUAUAAAAAGCGGGGAUCCCAUACAUUUGGUAUUUUAUCCUCAUGACAAAUAUACAAACUAUAGGCUAAUAAUAUAUCGUUCUACUGUUAAUAGAUUUGCAAGACACGGAUUUUAUCAGAUCCGUAAUAUGCAAAAGCAGGAUUCUAUAAUUGCAACUUAAAGGUGGUUUUAAAGAAUACUUGUUGAACUGUUAUUGAAAUUUUCUGUUAAUUGUUUAUAGGUAUUAAAGUUAGACUUAAUUGUGCGAGUGAGACAGCGCUUUUUAACGUGUAUAGCGGUCUGCCUUCCACAACUCUAACAUUAUUACUUUAAAGGGAAGUAGUAGCACUCCUGUGGUUCUGACAGUGCACUUAAAUAGCAAGGUUCAUGUUUGAAAAACCUUUUUUCACGAAGUGAUGUAUCAGUAUUAUUAAGACUGACAAAUGAAUGUUAUUUUUAUACGCACAUAUUUUGGUUAAGUUGAAUGAGACGAUAUUACUUUGUAUUAAAAGUGCAUUAUUUGCUUCUUUUUAAUGGCAUCUUCGCAUAGAAUCAUUGUUUUCGUAUUGUAUUUUUUGAGAUGAUACCAUCAGAAUUUGAAAAGUUAAAGCCUUAUUUAGAUAGUAAAAGCCGUCAUCAUAUAAACGAGUCUUAAAGUUUCAGCUUAUUUUUCGUAUUAUAUGACUGUUUAUAAACAAUUUCACGUUUUGACAGUUUCCUCGAAUAUUUCCGGAACAUUCUAGCACCAAAUGUAUGGGUUCCCGUACGACUAGAGUAGUUGACACGGCAAUCAGUGCAAAUAUUUUGUAAGCCACGCCAUAAUUGUCUAUAUUCGAUAAUGACGCUAUUAAUGUAAGUAUGGACCGUAAUAAAAUAAAGUGAUAUUGUAAAAUG